UAGAUUCUCGUUUGCCACUUUUAUGAUCAUUACUAUUUUUAUUACACACCCACUUUAUUCUCUUCUUCAUUUAAGCCUCCUCCUAUAUUAUUUAUAACCUCAUCACACCUUCUUCAUUCCCAUAUACACAACUUUUUAGCUUAUGAUAUUUUCCGAACUUAUGGCAAAAACAACAUACAAAAAGCCUCUCUCCUUCAUGACUACAAACGUCCUAUUUUUUCUUCUUAGUCUCAUAAUCAUCACAACUUCUUCCCAAAAAACAUGCCCACCUUGUGGCUCCAUACAAAUUCCAUACCCUCUAAGCACAAACUCCAAUUGUGGUGACACAAGAUAUAACUCUCUUCGUUGUGACACAAACUCUCAAAAGCUUUACUUCCAAGCCCUUAAUGGGACAUCUUAUGUAGUUUUGAGAAUAAUGAGUGAGCUCCAAAGACUUGUGGUAAGAACAUCCCCAUGGCUACCUAGUAAAUGUGUUACUCAAGAUAUGGAGUUGAGUGAAGGCCUUUGGCUCAACCAAUCUCUUCCUUUCAACGUAACAUCUUCAAACACAAUCUUCCUCUUCAACUGUUCACCUAGGCUUUUAGUAUCUCCUCUCAACUGUACUCCUUCUAGUCUCUGCCACCGUUACUUGGAGAGCUCCGGCCAUGUGGACAAAAACAGAGCUUUUCAAUGUGCCGGAGAACUCGACCCUUGUUGUACCUUCAUCGCCGGAGGUAUGCCUUCGGCUUACAAGAUUAGGCUUCAUAGCUCUGGUUGUAAAGCUUUCAGAAGUGUUCUUCAUUUGGAUAUGGAAAAACCUCCAAGUCAAUGGGAAGAAGGGUUGGAAAUCCAGUGGGCUCCUCCACAGGAACCUCUCUGUAGAACCCAACUCGAUUGUCAUGGACCUUCUAAGUGUUCUUCUUAUUCUAAUGGUGUCAACAGAUGUUUUUGCCAAAAGGGUCAUCAAUGGGACCCUUCUGUUGGAGUUUGCAAAAGAGUAAUUAAGGGAAGAAGCUCAAAACCCAGCCAAACUUUAAAAGUCUCAGUUGGGGUAGCUUUGUUUUUCAUUGUAGCUCUAGUUAUGACAGUUUUUACAGUUAGAAGGUCUUGGAGAAUAUCAUCUUUUUCAACUACUUCUUCGAAAAGGGCAAAGCUUGUUAAGGACAGAGAAGAAAGAUUGAAGAGUCAUGGAGCUGGGAAAUCUGCUAAGAUGUUUAACUUGAAAGAAGUGAAGAGAGCAACAAAUAAUUUCUCUAGAGAGAGGAUUUUGGGAAGUGGGGGUUUUGGAGAAGUCUAUAAAGGUGAGCUUCAAGAUGGAACUAUUGUGGCUAUUAAGUCUGCUAAAGUGGGGAACAUCAAAAGCACAGAACAAGUACUAAACGAGGUUGGAAUUCUCUCCCAAGUCAACCAUAAAAACCUGGUCAAACUCCUAGGUUGUUGUGUUGACUCAGACCAACCAUUGAUGAUCUAUGAAUACAUAUCCAAUGGAACACUACAUGCUCAUCUUCAUGGUAAGUUUACAACUUUUUUGGACUGGAAAACAAGGCUUAAAAUAGCUUUACAAACAGCUGAGGCUUUGGCUUAUUUACAUUCAUCUGCAUAUACUCCAAUCUACCACAGAGAUGUUAAGUCAACUAACAUACUCCUAGACCAAGAUUUGAAUGUAAAAGUAGCUGAUUUUGGACUCUCUAGAUUGGCUUCACCAGGGCUAAGUCAUAUCUCAACAUGUGCUCAAGGAACACUCGGUUACUUAGACCCUGAAUACUAUAGAAACUACCAGUUAACUGAUAAGAGUGAUGUUUAUAGCUACGGUGUCGUUUUGCUUGAACUUCUCACAUCACAAAACGCCAUUGACUUCUCUCGUGACCAAGAUGAUGUGAACUUGGCCAUUUAUGUUAAACAAAGAGCUAAUAAAAAUGGUGAUGGAGUCAUAGAAAUUAUGGAUCAUCGACUGUUGGAGACUGAGCCUUCUUCAUCAGUAACAUCAGCUGAUGAUGUGUUGAAUAGUGUAAAGCUCUUUCUGGAGCUUGCUCUUUCAUGUUUAGGGGAAAAGAAGGAAGACAGGCCUGCCAUGAGAGAUGUUGUUCAAGUACUCCAGUGUAUAAUACAAGUUGUAAAUCACUAAGUGUUGUUUAGUAUAGCUAAGAUAGUAUUUUAUUAACUUAUUAGACUAAAUAAAUUCCUAUAUUGUGAAGUUCUUCUUUUGAUAAGUAGUGUAUAACCUUCAAGUAUACUAAGAGUACAACAUUUGUAACUGGUCCGGAAAUGUUCUAAUAUCUUCUUUCUUGUAUCAAUAAUAAUAUGAUAUUUCAUGUGA